AUGUCUAACGGAUCUCCCUCUUCCCUUCCCGCUGACGCCGACGACCGAUCAUCACCGUCGCCGGAACUAGAUUCCAAAAAUCACAGCAUCGCUGAUGUACCUAAAGAGGAAACAUCCGCUGCUCCUCUUCCGCCGACCACCAGAAGCAACCGCCCUUCCCGAGCUUGCACGAUUCGUGCCGCUUCGAGAAACUAUUCUUCUCAGCCGGUAAUCGAGCGGAAACCGAAGAAAGAGCAACGACGGGAGGAACCGGAGGAGUCUCCUUCUCCGCCGCAAUGUAGUAACAGUAAGAUUGUUACGCCGCUUGUGGAGACCCCGUCUGAGUCGCAGCUCUCGCGGUGGAACUUGCGGUCCAUGUGGGAGUUAGCUUCUGUACUCAAUUUCUUGAAUUUGUUUAGACCUCUGUUGAAUAUUUCACUUGAAUUCUCGGCUGAAGAGUUUGAGACGGCUCUUCUUAAUCCCAAUGACACUUUGUUUUACAUUCACAUGCCUUUGCUAAAGGCAAUCCCUCCUGUUACACGAAUGGCACUCACACGUGAUACUUGGAUAACCGUAUUAUGCAGAAAAUUGAGAGAUUGGUGGCAUUGGGUUGCCGAGGGGGAUCUUCCGAUUGUUGCUUCACAUGGGACGGAGAUUGAAGUUUAUAAAUCACUUGAUCCAGCUGUCCGUAUUAUCAUCUUAAAAGCAUUAUGUGACAUUCGUGUUGAGCAAGAAGAUAUCCGAAAUUAUAUUGACAACUCAAUUAAACAUGGCGCUCCACUUUCAACAUUCCGUAAAGAGCGUAUUGGAGGUGAUUCUAAUGGAAUUUCUUAUUGGUAUGAAGAUGACCCGGUGAUUGGUCAUAGGUUGUAUAGAGAAAUAAGGAAAACUGAAGUGAUUCAACCAAGGAAAGGGAGAUCAAGAGGUUCCCAGAUUCUUUCUAGUACGUCAUAUCAAUGGGAAGCAGUUGCUACCAACUUUGAUGAGUUUCAAGAUGUUUCUGAGAAGCUUUUCUCAAGUAAAAACAGAACAGAGACUUCGGUGGGAAAAAAGCUGAAGAUAGACAUGCUUCCUGAAAUUGAGAAAGUUCACAAGAAAAAAGAGAGAUUGCUGAAAAAGCAGCACAGAGAAGCUCUUCUUCUUGAUAAUUACUUGGUUGCUGACGCGCUUUCCUCUGGGCGUGCACUUCGUGACAGAAAACCCGUGACUUACACUUUCGAUGAUUAUGAUCGGUCCAUCAACGAGGCAAUAAAAGUAACCAAGCGGAAACAGUCAUCCCCAGAACCUAUGCCCAGGAGAGAACCAGUACCAAAGCCUGAAGUUUUGACUAAUGGGAACCAUGGUCCUUCACAUGCUGCUGCACAAGAGCAGAAUUUUACUAUCUCAUCUCCAGAAUCACUUGACUCUGAUGAUGAUGAUGAUGAUGAUGAAUAUGAUAAUACUGACAAUUUGGACCGAAGUGGUCGUCGAAGAAGGAAACCUAAGCGGUAUUCAGAGAAUGAGUUUGUUGAAGAAGUAUCAGAUUAUGAGCCAGAAUUUGAAAGUGAUGAUGAUAUUGUUGGAGAGGUUGUAUAUGAUGAAGAAUAUCUCAAGAAACGUAAGCAGAGAAGGAAGCAUUCUAGCAGCUCUGAAGGAGAUGAAGAAUAUCAAUGGGAUGAUGAUAAUUUAGAAGAUGAAGAAGAGGAGGAGGAGGAUGAAGACGACGACUCGGCAAGCAUGAGUGAGGAUAGUGACAAACCCCGCAAAGCCAAACGAUUGCCUGGCCGAACUAGGAGGGAAACUAAACUCAGGUCUGUGGGUGAGAUUCAAUCAAGUCCAAGACGCAGUAAGAGGGCAACUAGAAAUCGUAUAAAUUACAAACAGUACGAGUUGUCGGAUUCAGAAACCGAGUUCACCAAACCCGAGAAAUCUAAUGCAUCAGCUGACCACUCAGAUCCCAGUGAGAAUGAAAAUGAGAAUGAUAACGCGAAUGAUAAUGAGAAUGGGGAAUAUAUGAUGGAAAGUGAAGAUUCAGAUAGCGUUGAAGACGGAGAUCAGGAAAUGAGAGAAAUGAAAGUAGACGAGCCUGUUAGUGUUCCUUACCCUGCAGUAGAAGAGAAUGAACAGAAUCACCCUCCUGAAAAGUCAAGUAGUCCUCCUGGUCAAGAAGAAGUCGAGGGCACGGGAAAGAGACGUUUCCUUGAUUUGAAUGAGCUUGCCCCUAGUCCUGGAUUUGACGAUGGUCCAAAUACAAUAAUGAAAGACGAAGACAAUGAUUACUGA